AUGUUUGCCUUUGUGGCUGUUGCCGCCAAGGUCACAUCUCAGAGCGUCAGUACCUAUGUCAACCCAGCAGUACCGACAGGGGAGCCGGUCCCUGGGGACUACACGGGGCCUCUGCGGCCUCAGAUACACUUCUCGCCGCCACAGAACUUCAUGAACGACCCAAACGGGAUGUUCCUCGACGCCAAUGGCACCUGGCAUCUCUACUACCAAUACAACCCGACCGGCAUAGUCGGUGGCAACCAACACUGGGGCCACGCAACGUCCACCGAUUUCUACCACUGGGUGAAUCAGCCCAUCGCACUGUUCCCGCCCGAGGAGACGGUCUACGUGUUCUCUGGCAGCGCCGUCGUGGAUGUCAACAACACCUCGGGCUUCUUCCCUGACCAGGACAACGGUGUCGUGGCCAUCUUCACUCUGGCGCACGGGUAUUACGGCCCGCAGACGCAAAACAUUGCGUACUCACAUGAUGGCGGCUACACGUUCGAGUACUACGACGGAAAUCCGGUGAUCGCUAGCAACAGCAGCCAGUUCCGCGAUCCCAAGGUCAUACGCUACGAUGACUACUGCGUCGCCGUAAUCGCGUACUCUCAGGAGUUCGUGGUCGGUAUAUACAACAGCCCCGACUUGAAGAACUGGACACUCGCCUCCAACUUCGCGCGGCAUGGGCUCCUCGGCGCUCAAUACGAGUGCCCCAACCUAGUGAAGAUGCCGGUGCGAGACAGCAACGGGUCCAUGGUGGAUUCGAAAUACGUCCUGGCCAUCUCAAUCCAGCCGGGGGCACCGCUAGGAGGAUCGAUCACUGAGUACUUCCCCGGCGACUUCAACGGCACCCACUUCACUCCGCUGGGUUCUGCCACGCGCCUCACAGACUUCGCGAAGGACAACUAUGCAGCGCAGUUCUUCCACGGUAUCCCGGACGCGCAAAAUGCCACAGUACCGACGGGAAUUCUGGAAGGAUGGAGAAGCGUGACCACACUUCCGCGGGACAACUACCUGAAGAAUGCCACGCGGAUUGGGCUGGUCAUGGCCAAUGAGCUUUGCGACUUGAGCCCCGUGCUGGACGCCUCCUUGAACCAGUCCACCAUUGGGAACGGCUCAGUGACAGUCGACUAUUCCACUGUUGACUCUGGCGCUCUAUACAUCGACGCCAACGUGACGGGAAUCAACACGACAUUGGUAACCCCGGAUUCCACAUUGAACCUUUCUUUCACCUCGCCGGCGUCGGGCGAAACGCUACAAUCUGGAUUCUUCUUUGGCGGAGACAACCCGUUCUUCAUCAACCGGGGUCUGAUUCGCGGCUUCGACAACGUCUUCUUCACAGACAAGUUCAGCACCGCCAACAUCUACAGCGACGGGUCGGGGAGCCUGGCUUCAUGGCGUAUGCAGGCUGUUAUCGAUCGAAGUAUUCUCGAGGUGUUCGUCAAUGGUGGUGAUCAGGCUGGGACGGUGCUGUUUUAUCCCACGCAACCCCUUAGCUUGCUGCACUUGGCCACGCGCGACUUGCCAACGGGAGCAAAGGUGAGUGUGUCGGUAUUGGCGCUGAAGAGUGCAUGGGCAGAGUACGAGAAUGAGCAGGGCACCGUUGUGGGGAAUGCUACCCGCACUACCAACUCGACCGGAAGACAGGACAUGAUCUACGAGACUGAGUUUUUGGUGUAA